CCCGGGGCUGGCCCGGGCGCGAGCGGGGCGGGCGGCACGGGGGCCGGCGCCGGGGACCCGCAGCUCGUGGCCAUGAUCGUGAACCAUCUCAAGAGCCAGGGGCUCUUCGACCAGUUCCGCAGGGACUGCCUGGCCGACGUGGACACCAAGCCUGCCUAUCAGAAUCUGAGACAACGUGUUGAUAACUUCGUUGCGAACCACUUAGCAACUCAUACAUGGAGUCCCCACCUCAAUAAGAACCAGCUAAGAAACAAUAUUAGACAACAAGUACUCAAAUCAGGAAUGUUAGAGUCUGGUAUCGACCGAAUUAUUUCUCAGGUUGUGGAUCCAAAGAUCAACCACACAUUCAGACCUCAGGUGGAGAAAGCCGUGCAUGAGUUUUUGGCCACACUGAAUCCCAAGGAGGAGGCAGGUGGCAGCUCGGCUCCUGACGAGGAGCGGCCCGACGCCUCGGUCAUCACACAAGGUGUCCCUGCUCCUGGGCCCAGUGCAAACGUGGCCAGUGAUGCCAUGUCAAUCUUAGAAACUAUAACUUCUCUCAACCAGGAAGCAAGUGCUGCUAGGGCCUCGACAGAAACGGCCAAUGCUAAGGCCAGUGAGAGAGGAUCCAAAAAACUCCCGUCUCAGCCAAGUGCUGACGCUGGUCCUGAAAAAGAGAGAAGCUCAGAGGACGUGGCUGAUAAAGAAAAGCCUCCACCUGAUUCUGUAGGAGAAGGACAGGAAGCAGUCCCUAAGCCUGAAGAAUUUAGUGACCUCCCUUGUCCAGCUGAAGAAAUUAAAAAUCACACAAAAGAGAGUAAUAGUGCAAUUCUCCUGAGUAAGGAUGUUCAACAGGAAAGCAGUGACCAAAAAAAUAAAUCAACAGACAAAGGUGAAAAGAAACCAGACAGCAAUGAAAAAGGAGAAAGGAAGAAAGAAAAGAAGGAAAAGACAGAAAAGAAAUUGGAUCACUCAAAAAGAAGUGAAGAUAUACAAAAAGUAAAAGAUGAAAAACAAGCAAAGGAUAAAGAAGUAGAGUGUUCAAAACUUCCUUCAGAAAAGAACAGUAACAAAGCUAAAACCAUUGAAGGGACAAAAGAAGAUUGCCCUGUGAUAGACUCCGAUGUCGAUGGGCUUACAGACAUCACAGUCAGCUCUGUUCACACCAGUGACCUGUCAUCUUUUGAAGAAGACACCGAGGAGGAAGUUGUAAUGUCUGAUAGCAUGGAAGAAGGGGAGAUUACAUCAGACGGUAAAGCAUUUUACUUAGUAAUGCCUCUGGAAAGCUUCCCGUCGAGCAUGGUUUUUACACUGACAUCACUGUACCUUUGUUUAUUGAUUGCUUCUUUCCUAGGCAAAACUAGUGUGGACUUAGAAGAAUCCUCUACAAAGAGUUUGGAACCUAAAGCCCCCAGAAUUAAAGAAGUCCUUAAAGAACGGAAAGUUCUAGAGAAAAAAGUAGCCCUAAGCAAAAAAAGAAAAAAAGAUUCCAGGAAUGUUGAAGAGAAUUCUAAAAAGAAACAGCAAGCUGAAGAAGAUUCCAAAGAAACCCUCAGAAUGAGUGAGGUGUCCCCGUCAGAAAGUGACAGGGCACAAAAGAAUCUGAAAAACACAAGACCCACUGCAGAGCGUGGAGACGCUGUUCUUGAACAUUCCACAGAUUUAGACCCCUCACCGUCCCUAAGUUCAGGGACUGUUGUGCCUCAGAAACAAGCCCAGGAUUCAGGCGUAAUUCCUAUAGUUAACAAAAGAACUGUGUUAGAAGGUGGCCCAGCCAGCACCUCCCCUGCGGACCACUCUGGUUCCCCUAGCCAAAGUUUGACUGUUAGAGAAUCGGAGGUCCCUAGGACAAGUGACAGCAAAGAAGGUGGUACGGUUUCCACAGCAGAUACUGCAGCAAAAGCGAGCACAGAUAGCAAAAGGCACAUUCCAGAAGGUUACCAGGCCGCCGUACUGCACAGUAACCCAGGAAAAGCAAACAUGCCUUUUGGUAGCGAGUUAACAGGCACCAUUAUGGAAAAUGAGACUGUUAACAAAGACAGCAGCUCGAUGGACAUGGCCAGGAAAGGAAGUGACUUAAGCACGGAGCCCACCUCAAAGCAGGCAGUUAGAACUGUGGUUGAAAAUGGCAAAAGGUACGGCAUUGCUGUUGACCACAUCGUAGGCAAGAGUACUGAACAAGAUGCUAAAACCGUUGAACUGAAGCAAAGUAGAGGCCCAGGUGACGUAGAAAACACGUCAAUUGCUGUUGAAAGAAGGAAUGAGAACAGCGAGGUGGACACCAGUGCUGGAAGGAACGCUGCAGUGUCUGCUUUACACCAAAGGAGUGGACAGCUUGAGAAUGUGACAGCUGGGUCUGCUAAAGCAGAAAAGACUUCUGCUGCCACUAGUACUGAAGGGAAGGACAAAGGCAUUAUCGGAGACCCUGUGAAAGCCGGGAACCCCACAACCACAUCUUCAGAAACUGGCGCGGGGCAGGUGGCUGUGCCUUGCACAAGCAUCGAGGCCGACGAAGGCCUCAUAACAGGCGCUUGCUGCAGAAACAAUCCUCUCCGUGUGGGGGCAGAAGCCAGCGAAGGCACUGUUUUUGCUGCAGCUGAAGAAGGUGGGGGCGUGGUCACAGAGGGAUUCGCCGAAAGCGAAACUUUCCUCACCAGCACCAAGGAAGGAGAAAGUGGAGAGUGUGCUGUGGCCGGGGCUGAAGGACGCGCAGCAGACCCUGUGCCUCUGGCAGCUCCAGUUGAAGACAGUGUCAACAGUGCUGUGACGGAAGAGAAAGAUGACGCCGUGACCAGUGCCGGCUCUGAAGAGAAAUGUGGUGGCUCUUCCAAUAGAGACUCAGAAAUAGUUGAAGGAACUGUCACUUUCAUUAGUGAAGUUGAAAGCGAUGGAGCCGUAACGAGUGCUGGGACCGAAAUACGAGCGGGAUCGUUAAGCAGUGAAGAGCUCGAUGGAUUCCAGAGGACUGUGACGAGAACAGGCCCCAAGAAAGAAACAGAGGGGACAGUGACAUGCACAGGAGCGGAAAGGAGAAGUGACCACUUUGCUCUGUGCGCGGUAACUGGUGCAGGGCCACAGGAGGAGCGCAUGGUAACAGGUGCCGCCGUGGUCCUGGUAGACGAUGACACGCCACCAGGAACAAGUGCCACCCAAGAGGGAGAUGGUUCUGUGAAUGACGGCACAGAGGGUGAAAGUGCCGUCACCAGCACAGGGAUCACGGAAGAGGAUGGAGAGGGCCCUGCGAGUUGCAGCGGUUCCGAGGAGAGCGGCGAAGGCUUUGCUAUAAGCUCUGAAUCCGAAGAAAAUGGAGAGAGUACAAUGGACAGCACAGUAGCCAAAGAAGUCACGAACACAGCGUCCGUCGCCGUCGGCCCCUGUGAUGACGAAGGCGUUGUCACCAGCACGGGUGCCAAAGAGGAGGAUGAGGAAGGCGAGGGUGUUGUCACUAGUACUGGAAGAGGAAAUGAAGUCGGGCACGCUUCAACCUGCACAGGGAUAGAAGAAGAAAGUGAAGGGGUCUCUGUCUGUGGAAGUGCAGAAGGGGACAGUCCGAUUGGGACUGCAGUGGGGCAUGUGGCCGUUGUGUCUGGGGCGGCCCCAGAAUAUGAGGUCCAUCACACAUCGCCCAGGGAAAAGGAGGAGGAAGGUGUCAUCACCUCUGUGGAAAACGAAGAGUGCGAUGACCUCAUGGCGUCCACAGCCAGUGACAGUGUCAACAACCAGGCUUGUUUGGCUGGGGGCAAAAGUGAAGGCACAGGCUUGAUGAUUUCCACCAGCACAACGAAUGGUUACACCACGCAGUCCAGCACGGUCGUCGACGUGGAGCAGGGUCAUUCAGGCGCCCCGAGAAGCGAGGACGGUCUGGAAGGCACCAGCAGGCACACGGAAGACUUCGAGGCCCCCAUGCCCAGUGCCGCUUCGGGAGAAGAGAGCCAGCCCACCGCUAUGAGAAGCGAAGACAAAGACGAGUGUGCCAUGAUUUCCACCAGCAUCGAGGAGGAGCUGGAGGUGCCCGUUUCCAGCGCAGCCACCGUCGUCUGUGCCGGAAGGCAGCAGCCCGCCACGCCAGCCGAAGGAAGAGCCAAAGGCCCGGGCUCGGUCAGCACCGACGACUUCGAGGUGCCUAUGCCUAGCGCGCCCACAGAAGUUGCAAGUCCCCACGCCUCAACCAGCAAGGAGGACAAAGACGACGCGCUCAUUUCCACCAGCAUAGCAGAAGAAUGUGAGGCCUCUGUCUCUGGCGUAGGUGCAGAAAGCACCAACGAGCGGUCUGCUACAGCCAUGGAAGAAAAAGAUGGCAGUGCUGUCAUCUCAACAAGCUCGGGAGAAGAGUGUGAGGGUCCAGUGUCCAGUGCCAUCCCUCAGGAACAAGUCCGUCCCUUGGUCACACCAGCUGAAGAGAUAAGUGACACCGCCAUGAUCUCCACAAGCACCUCUGAGGGACGUGAAGCCGUCAUGAGGGGCUCUGUCCCACAGGAGGCUGACCAGCCCCCUGCCGCAAGAAUGGAGGACCCGAGCGAUGCUGCCGUCAUCUCCACCAGCACGGCCGAAUGUGUGCUGCUCGCCACCGGCCUAGACAGGCACGAAGAGAAUCACCCGACUGCGAGCAACCCAGAAGGAAAAGCUGACCUGUCCGCUGCAAAGGAGAGCAUGUGUGAGGCCCCUAUGCCCAGCCUGAUGGCCGAGAACACCUGUCCGUGUCCUGGGCCGUUCGCAGAAGGAAAAGGAGUGAGUGCGGAGGAAGGGCGCGACAGGGCGCCCGUCAGCGUGCUCCCUGCAGAGGGCGGCCAGCCAGACGAGAAGGGUGUACUGAUGGGCUCCGUCCCCACAGAAGAGGAAAGCCCUGAGGCAGGGAUGGCGAGGGACCGCGCCACAGCCAGUUGUUCGGCGGGGAGGGGCGUGGCCAGGACUGCUGACUCACCUGUCCACCUGAGAGGGCCAGAGCCAACGUCUGGGCAGACGACUGAGGACACCUCUGUCAGUAUUCGCUCUUUGACAGCAGCGAGCACAGGUGCUAACAUAGCUAACGACAUGCCACAUGUCAGAGACGCUACCGCAGAACUGUCCUCUCUUCCUCCUGCCCAGCGGGAGCCUGAGGGCUCUCUGAAAACCACCACCGCCGAGUGUAUUAAUGGUCGGGAAGCAGAGGUUGCGCCUUCCCACUCAGCCCUUUCCGCUGCCCACGGUGUAGCCCUGCCAGCGCCUACCGGCGUGCUGGACCUGACCAGAAAGAGCGGUCCCAGUGGCAAAUGGACUGCUCAGGCGUCUGCUGCGAAAGCAGAAGGUGGCGUGACAAAGUCAUUCCAGAAGGAAGACCGCGAGGUCACUGUGUCUUCUGAAGAUUUGGGUGACAUAGGCAAUGAAGAGUCUCCAUUGGCUGUUUCGGGGGGAUUGGAGCUGAAAGCCAACUUGAAGACUGAGACAUUUGUACCAUCAGAGGAAGAGAAAAACCAUGAAAUUUUAGCACCAUCAGAAAAUCCACGUGAGAGACAGCCGAUUGGAAUAGCUGACCCACAGAGGGAGCCUUUGGUGGUGAACGAAUCACUGGGUGUCGAAAAUUCAGGCUCAAGAGCAAAUGAAGACAUUCACAGCAGAUCUCAUGACAAAGAAGAGAUCUCCAAUGGUAGAAAGGACAACACAGAAGCUGUCAGAGGCCACAAUGCUGAAGCAAAUCCUAAAGAGGUUGAAGAGGAAGAAAGACAUACGCCUAAAAGGAAAAGAAAGAAGCAUUACCCCUCUUCAGACGAUGAGCUGGAUGAUAAUCCAGAUGUCCUGGAUUCCAAAAUAGAAACUGCACAGAGGCCAUGUUCUGGAGCUGAGCUGCAAGAAGAUCAGCCGGUAAUUAUUAAAAGGAAAAGAGGAAGGCCUCGUAAACACCCUGUGGAAACACCGUUAAAACCAAAAGAAGACUGCAAAACAGAUACUGGCAUUAUCACUGUAGAACAGUCUCCACCUGGCGGCAAGCUGAAAGUAAUGCAGACAGAUGAGUCCAGUAAAGAAGCAGGUACCCUGCAAGAAAGAAGUGUGAGCAAUGAUGAUGGUGAAGAAAAAACAGUGGCAAGUGUGCGUCGGAGAGGAAGGAAACCCAAGCGUUCACUCACGUUGUCCGAUGAUGCUGAGUCCUCAGAACCAGAAAGAAAACGCCAGAAAUCUGUUUCUGAAUCAACGGAGGACAAGAAAGACCAGGAGUCUGAGGAGGAAGAGGAUGAGGAGGAAGAGGACGAGCCUUCAGGGGCCACAACGCGGUCUGCCAGCAGAUCAGAGGCUCAGAGAUCAAAGGCCCAGCUCUCCCCUUCUACCAAGCGCAAGCGGGAGACCAGCCCUCCCGGGGCGCGCACGCGCGGCCAGCAGAGAGUGGAGGAGGCGCCAGGGAAGAAGACGAAGCGAUAAUCCUGACUGCGGGGGCCGCCCCUCUGGUGGGGAUGCGGUGGGGAGGAGGGGCCGAGCCCGAGCCUCGGGGUCAAGGGGUCAAGGCUCGUAGGCUUUUUUUUUUUAACCAGGGAAAGGACAUGCAUGUGCUGUAAGUUCCUAGGUGCAAGCUUUUCUUGUUAUGUUUUAAACAGCUUUAUAAACUAUUGUUCAUAGAAAAUACUAUGUACAUUUAUUUCAGAUAAAUGACAAUAAGUUUACUUUGUAUCUGAACUCAAAGUAGUUGUAUAUUUUAACCUGCAAAAUUGGGAUUUCCCGAUGUGACGCAUCACUAAUGCAAACGCUUCCAGCCCGUCAGACACCAGGCUGCCUACUGGUCAUCUGUGUACAGUAUAUAAACAUGUAAAAAUAGACUGUAUUUUACUCUGUGUAUGAUGCUAAUCAAUGAACACUUUAUUUAUUUUACAGAGAAAACUUAUCUGUGAACUUUACUAUAUAUCUGUUUAUUUUAUUUUAUUAUUUCUUUUUAAUAAAAAGGUUUUAAAUGCUAUGCAGUCAUUAGUAGAAACGUUGUAGGCCUCUGCCUGCCCUGUAACUAUCUGAAUAGGAAGCGGCAGGAAACACAGAAUCUUUGCAUGUACUCAAGUAAUGUAGUUUAGUUCGAGGGUCUCCAUUGCUUUUCUGUUCACCGCUGUGACUCUUUUUAGAUGAUACUGGCAUCUGUGACUUGACCACCAGCCUCACUGGCCUAAGAGGUUCCGGUUCAGGUCAGCUUGCACCCAGUCACCUACAGCAGGAAGCCCUCCAUCCGUGUCUGCCCCUCCCCUCCCCACCCCCAGCUGUUCAAGACUUCACCCAUACCCUUUCCAUGCUGUCUUCUCAGUGAAGAGAAGUGCAUUGUCCAUUAGGUCAGUCCUAUCAUGCUUCAGAAUUUUAUGUUGUUUUAUACAUAAUUAUUUCACGAUAGAAACUGGCUUUAUUGCUAGAUUCUUUUUUAAACAUCUUUUAACUCCCAUAUGAGCAAACUGUCCAACUUAAGUUUUUCAUAAGGUUAAACUUUUCUUAAGAUCAAAUUUGUCUCUCUAGCAAUGAUGUGAUGAGUUGCCAAAUAAUUGAGAUUAUUUUAAAAUGUUUUAUUCAUAUUCUUGUUUUGUAAUUAAAAUUUACAUUCAGUGUGUGAAUAUUUUGGGGGGAUUCAAUGUAAAGUGGAUAUUUCUGUCAUUUUACAUGGUUUCUUACUGAGGUUUUAUAUAUAAAUUAUAAAAUGUUU